CCUUCAGGACCCCCUCCGCAAGCUCCCAGGAGGGCGCCCCGGCCGACCCGGCCGCUUGCAUGCGGCGACUCCCAGCUGCGAGUUUUCAGCCACCGAAGGUUGGAUAUCAGACAUGAAUUACGCACGGUUCCUCACGGCCACGAGCGCAGCGAGAACGCCUUCUGCCAUCCGACUCAUGACUGAGACAUUGAUCAAGUCACCAAAAUCGGUCAUCUCCUUAGCUACUGGAACACCAAACCCCAACACAUUCCCUUUUAAGACUGCUGUUAUCACCGUAGAAAAUGGAAAACCCAUCCAGUUUGAUGAAGAGAUGAUGAAGAGAGCACUUCAGUAUUCUCAAAGUGCUGGAAUCCCAGAGCUGUUGUCCUGGCUAAAACAGUUACAAGUAAAAUUGCAUAAUCCUCCCACCAUCAAUUAUCCAAGCAGCCAAGGACAAAUGGACAUAUGUGUAACAUCUGGCAGCCAAGACGGUCUUUGUAAGGUGUUUGAAAUGAUCAUUAAUCCUGGAGAUAAUGUCCUCCUAAAUGAACCUGUUUAUUCAGGAACCCUUCAAGCUCUAAAGCCACUGGGCUGCAACAUUAUUAAUGUUUCCAGUGAUGAACAUGGUAUUAUUCCAGACUCUCUGAAAGAAAUACUUUCUAAAUGGAAACCAGAAGACUCAAAAAAUCCCAAGAAAAACACCCCCAAAUUUCUUUACACUGUCCCAAAUGGCAACAACCCUACUGGAAACUCGUUAGCAACUGACCGCAAGAAGGAAAUCUAUGAGCUUGCAAGAAAAUAUGAUUUCCUCAUAAUAGAAGAUGAUCCUUACUAUUUUCUCCAGUUCAGCAAGUCCUGGGCGCCAACAUUUCUUUCCAUGGAUGUUGAUGGGCGUGUCAUCAGAGCUGACUCUUUUUCAAAAGUCCUCUCCUCUGGGUUGAGACUAGGGUUUAUAACUGGUCCAAAACCCUUGAUAGAGAGAGUUGUUUUUCACACACAGGUUUCAACUAUGCACCCCAGCACUUUUACACAGCUACUAGUAUCACAGCUUCUACACCAAUGGGGAGAAGAAGGGUUCCUGGCUCAUGUAGGGAGGGUUAUUGAUUUCUAUAGGAAGCAGAAGGAUGCAGUACUGGCAGCUGCAGACAAAUGGUUAAGUGGUUUGGCAGAAUGGCAUGUUCCUACUGCUGGAAUGUUUUUAUGGGUUAAAAUUAAAGGCAUUUCUGAUGUAAAACAACUGAUUCAGGAAAAAGCCAUGAAGAAAGAGGUAUUAAUACUUCCUGGAAAUGUUUUCUACACUAAUACCUCAGCACCUAGCCCUUACUUUAGAGUGUCCUUCUCUUCAGCUUCUCCAGAACAAAUGGAUUUGGCCUUCCAGAGAUUAGCCCAAAUUAUUAAAGAAUCUUUAUGAAGAAAUCAUUAUAGUACUCAUGGAUUUUUCAGAUAAAUUACUUUUAUGUUUUAGCAGGAAGAAAUGAUCAUUGGCAUUAGAUGUACAGAUUGGAUUUCACCAAGCAUGUCAUAUCUGUAGUAGUUUACCUAGACACCUUUUAAAGUGCCCUUAAAUUCAUCAGAUUGCUAAAAUAUAUUUGUAAUCUACUUAGACCUUUUGAUAAAUUUUCAACAUACAAAAUUAUUUUCAUCCUGGACUUUAUUGUAAGGAACUCUAGCUGCUGUACGAUCUCCCAUAAAUUUUCCUUGAA